AGAAUUUAUUUGAACACCGAUCCAGAUAGUAUCGUAUUUGAUACAUACAUAUUUUAUUUUUUUUCCAUCAAACAGUAUCAGUGCGUUAGCUUUUCUAUUUUCCAAUAUCAUCUUUUGAAAAAUUUCUUCAAAGGCGCAAGCGCUUUAUCGUUAAAACUAGUAUCAGGGGGGUGUAUUUGUAACCAUGGAUCCCAGUGUACUUGCUAACAUGGAUAAAGACGCAUUGAAAAAGCAAAUUGAAAAUAUGAAGUAUCAAGCUACCAUGGAACGAUGGCCUUUAUCAAAAAGCAUUGCAGCAAUGCGCGAGUACGUUGAAGAAAAUGAGAAGACUGAUCCACUAAUUCAUGCACCAGAUAAAAAAAAUAAUCCCUGGGCUGAAAAGGGAAAGUGCAUUAUUAUGUAAAAAUUAUUAUUAAAAAUAAAUGACUGUAUUUAUUAAUGGUGUAAGCAAAUAUCACAGUUGAAAAAAAAUUUUUAAAAUAUGAAUUUAACAAGGAUUAUCGGAGGGAACAAUCAUGAUGAUGCAAAUGGAAACAUGCAUAUUUGGAUAUUGAAAUAUAAAAGAAAAAAAAAAUUUUUUUUAAAUUAAAAAAAUAAUUAAG